AUGACCGUCACGUACACAGCCCGUGUGGCCAACGCGCGCUUUGGCGGCUUCUCGCAGCUGCUACUGCUGUGGCGCGGGAGCAUCUACAAACUUCUGUGGCGGGAGCUGCUCUGUUUUCUCGGGCUGUACAUGGCGCUGAGUGCCACCUACCGCUUCGUGCUGACCGAAGGGCAGAAGCGCUACUUCGAGAAGCUCGUCAUUUACUGCGACCAGUAUGCCAGUCUUAUCCCGGUCUCGUUCGUGCUUGGCUUCUAUGUGAACCUGGUGGUGCACCGUUGGUGGAACCAGUACCUCUGCAUGCCUCUGCCCGACGCACUCAUGUGCAUAGUGUCAGGCACCGUUCACGGGCGCGACGAGCGCGGCCGCCUCUACCGGCGCACACUCAUGCGCUACGCAGGCCUCUCAGCUGUGCUCAUCCUGCGCUCUGUCAGCACUGCAGUCUUCAAGCGCUUCCCUACCAUAGACCACGUGGUUGAGGCUGGGUUUAUGACCCGCGAGGAGCGCAAGAAGUUCGAGAACCUGAACUCGUCCUACAACAAGUAUUGGGUGCCCUGCGUCUGGUUCUCCAACUUGGCCGCACAAGCCCGGCGCGAGGGCCGCAUCCGGGACAACAGCGCCCUUAAACUGCUGCUCGAGGAGCUGACUGUGUUUCGGGGCAAGUGUUCGAUGCUGUUUCACUACGACUGGAUCAGUGUACCCCUCGUCUACACUCAGGUGGUGACCAUCGCCGUAUACAGUUACUUCCUGGCCUGCCUUAUCGGACGUCAGUUCCUAGACCCUGCGCAGGGCUACAAAGAUCACAACCUUGACCUGUUCGUUCCAGUCUUCACUUUGCUGCAGUUCUUCUUCUACGCAGGCUGGCUCAAGGUAGCCGAGCAGCUCAUCAACCCUUUCGGAGAGGACGACGACGACUUUGAGACCAACUUUCUGAUCGACCGAAACUUCCAGGUGUCCAUGCUGGCCGUGGAUGAGAUGUACGACGACCUAGCCAUGCUGGAGAAGGAUCUGUACUGGGAUGCGGCUGAGGCUCGUGCCCCCUACACAGCAGCCACCGCCUUCCAGAGGCAGCAGCCCUCCUUCCAGGGCUCCACCUUCGACAUCACGCUGGCCAAGGAGGACAUGCAGUUCCAGCGGCCAGACGGCGUGGACGUGCCGCUGGGCGAGGCUCAGGGUGACUUCUUGCAGCGCCUCCUUCCUGUAGGCCCAGGCAUGGCUGCAGGAGGCCUGCUGGGCCGACGCCUGUCCUUGCUGCGCCGAAAGAACAGCUGCGUGUCCGAGGCAUCCACUGCCGCCAGCUGUGUGUGCGCCGGAGCCCUCGACGGCGCGGCCCCAGAGUGCGGUUGCGGGGACCUACUGCUCGACCCAGGCCUCCAGGAACCAGAACCGGAGCCCCUCACUGGGCCCGAGCCAUCCGCCACGGGGCCUGUCGCCGAGCCCUUUACCACAGUGUCCAUGCCCAUGUCCCGGGGACCGGCUCCCCCCUGGCUGCCCAGCCCCAUUGGCGAGGAGGAGGAGAGUCUCGCCUGA